CAGAAUUUAAUGGUGACUGAGGCGUGACCGUAGUGAUUUUCGGGGAGUCACAGUGGGGAGCAACCACGGAGUGGAUCGGAUGGAGAAGAAGAAGAGCCGUACCAAUCUGCUCGCUGCUGGCCGUAAAAAGCUUCAACAAUUUCGUCAGAAGAAGGAUAAAGGCAGUGGAAGCCAUGGAAAAUCCACGAAAAAGUCUGGAAAAUCAGAGCAGCAUGCAACUAAACCUACAGCAGCAUCGUCUCAGGUCCGUGACGGAGAAACUGAGUCUGCUGUAGGUUCUAAUUCUGCAGACUCUGACACUAGUCAAAUUCGGGUUAGUAAGCCUGUUCAGAAUGAAGGUGAGAGUACUAGGACUGCUGCUGCUAAGGUGGCAAGAGACAUUUCAUUGGACACUUCACAUACAGUGGAUUCUGGAGGAGAAGCCAAGAAUUCAAAGAUGUCUAUACAGGUUGAUGUGUCAGGCGCCCAACAUGCUUCAGUCGAUAUUACAGAGAGGAAGGAGUCAUUGCCUUCACAGGAAAAUAUUAAAACAUCGUUAGUGCAAAAGAGAGAAGAUCAGAAUCUCAUUUGUUGUUGGGUAGGGGCAAUGCAGGAAGCUGAGGGUUUGGAUGCAAGGCAGUCUAAUCCUAGUCGUGAAGUAAAAGUGGAGCUUGAAGGAGAUAUCAGGCCUUCUGCUUCCGAGCUUGAAAGAAGUCUCGAGUCUUCUUCUGGUCCAGCUUCCUAUGUAGAUGAACCAACUGGUGCAGUGGAUGAAGCAUCUGUUUCAGCUGGUGCAACCAUGUUAUCAGGCAGGGAAGAAAGAGUUCUGGCAGAUACAGAAUAUCAGGCAGUUGGAGAGGAUUGUCAUCAGGAACAUGUUAUUGAUGGUUGUGAAAGGGCUUUGGAAACAAAUAUGAUGAGUUCGGAUAGAGGACCUGCAUCACCUGUUGCAGAUCCGAGCUCAAUCAGUCUCUCACAGAUCACAGAAGUUAUUAAGAGGCUUAAUGAAGAAGAGUUCUGUAUUCUUCUUAAGUCCAUUGAAUCAGUUUCUAGUACAUUGCUGGGGACCAACAGUUUAUUUGUAGCAGAACAUGGCUUUCGAGAAUUUUUUGAGCAACUUAAAGAAGAAUUGGUUCUCACAAAUUUCACCAAAGAUGUCUUUCACUUGCAGAUUGAACAGCAGUUUGAGAUGCAACUAGAGUUUGAUUGCCAGCAUCAUCGGUUGCUUGAGGAAACAUCUCUUCUUCGUGCUUCACUGAAUGAAGUUCGUGAGAAGAACCAGUGUCUUGCUGAAGAGCUUGCACAGUGCAGGGGUGAACUCCAAGCUGUUGCUUGUGGGAAGGAGGAGCUCCAAAACAAAUUUCAUACUGCGAAGGUGGAGGGUGAAGAAGCUUCUUCUAGAACAAUUGAGUUGCAUAACAACCUGGAAAGGGCACAGCAGGAUUUGUUCAGACUGUCAACAGAGUUAGCUGAUUGUAAAGGUUUGGUGCAAGCCUUACAGGUGGAAAAUGAGACCUUAAAUGGGACUAUAGUGUCAGCGGAUGAAGUUAAAAGUAAACUUAUGGAGCAAAAUAAUUUGUAUCUUCUUGAGAAGGAGAAGCUUUCAACUGACCUGGUUGAUCGUGAAAGUUUAGUGGCAACUCUACGGGGUAAAAUAUCAACCUUAAGCGGGAAUUUGGAUUCAGUAACACAUGAGAGGGAGCAUCUUGCUUGUGAAAAUGAGAAACUUGCAACAGAACUGGCUGACAGGAAGAAUAUAGUAUCAGCUUUGCAGGUAGAAAAUGCCAGCUGUCUUGCUUUGGUUAUGGAGGAGAAAAAGAAGCUUGAGGAGGAGAGGGAGUAUUCUGCUCAUGAGAAUGAGAGACUUUCAGCCGAACUUGUUGUUCUUCAAGAACGGUUAUCUGCAGAACGUGAAGAACAAGUAAGGUUUGAGGUUGACCUAAAAGAAACAACAAAACGCCUUGAACAGCUCACUGAUGAAAAGAUUACUAGCAAUCUGGACAUACUUAAAGCUAAGAUGAGUGAGGUUGAAAAGAGUGGGUUUAUAAUACCAGCUCAAGUUGGGGAAGCUGGGAACCAAGUUGAACUUAGCAGGGGUCAUGAUCUUGCAACUGAAGAUGAUAACUCUCAGCAAAUUCACGGGAAGCAAGACAGUGAAGCUUCCUUUGUGGUGGAUAAAUCUUUAUCUGAUGGCUGUGUAGGGGGCUCACCAUUUGUGAAUACUGAGCAGGAAGUCUUUGAUGAUUCCGAUGGGUUUAUCGCACUGAAUGGACACUUGGACAAGGCAGAUAAAAUGUUGCAUAAACUUGUACAGGAAGUUGAAAGCAUCUGCUCUCAUUCCACAUUGCUAAGCAAGUCCGGUCACAAAGUUCCUGUAGCUCAGGUAUCAAAACUGAUUCAAGCAUUCGAGUCGAAGGCUCAUCAAGAUGAGCCAGUAGAGGGGGAAGCUCUAACCGAUAAUCAAUCACCAGAAGAUUCAGUUGUGUCGGUAAGAGAGCAAAUCGGAAACCUGAGAGCAUUAUUUAAGCACAUGCUGAUGGAUACUGCAAAUGCCAGUCUACUGCUGAAGGAGGAGCGAGAUGGUAGGAAAAAUGCUGAUGCCACCUCUGAGGAAUUGAAGGAUCAGAAUGAGGCCUUGGAAGAAUAUUGCAAGAAACUGGGAGCAACGAACAUUGAGCUCAGGGUCCUAUAUGAAGCUUUAGAAGAACAUAGGGGAAGCAUUGAAUCUAGGAACUGUGAGCUUUUCAUUCUCUGCGAAUCCUUACAACUACAAGUCACUAAUCUUAAAGUAGAAAACGUGGAAGCUGACAGAAAGCUGCAUGUGUAUGAAUCAAGAACUAGUCAAUUGCAGAGUCGGUUGCAUGAUCUACAUCUAAUUUCAAAUGUUAUGGUAUCUCAAACCUCUGAGCAGUUGGAAAGUUUUCACAAGGAGGCUGCUGAGAAAGUUUUGAUGCUUGAGCGCCAUUGGAAUUCAACUAUUGAUCCGGUUCUUGAAGCAACUGGCAAGCUUGAUGAAUCUCUUGGUAGGAUCACCACAACUACAACAGUCUCUCAUGAUUCUUUGGACAGAAUAAGUUAUUCAGUUGCUUCUGUUUAUGAUGCCAUCAGUUUUAUUCAAGAUCUGAAGGACAAACUUGAAAGUUCUCAAACAGAACAUGAAGCAGUCUUUUCUUUAUACAAAGAAGCGAAUGAGAAAUGCGAUGAUCUGCAUGGAAAGAAUCAAACGGCCAGUGACUUGUUGCAGAAGUUGUAUGGCAACCUUUCUAAACUACUCACGGUUUUGCAUGGGUCUACAGAUGAAAGUGAUAUGUACUUAGAACCUGAGAAGUUUCCUGAUCUUCUAGAUUACAGUAAUUAUGGAACCAUCAUAGAACAUGUGGAAUCUUCUUUGAGGGGGAGUCUGCAACUUGAAUCUGUUAACAAGAAACUAAAUUCAGAGUUGAUGGCUAGCGCUGAAGAAGUUGAGGAACUGAAACAAAGAUGCCUUGGUUGUACUACUCUGCAGAAGUUAAUAGAAGAUGUUGAAGGGGUGCUGAAAGUGGAACAUGCUGAGUUUCAAGUGGAUAAAACCCCUGCUUCACACCUUGAAUCACUGGUGUCAUGUCUUGUUCGAAAAUGUGAGGAGGCUGAUGUGCAGGUAGGCUUAUCUAAGGAAGAAGAUUCUGGAUCUAAGGUGGUGAAGCUGACUUCAAUGCAGGAACAAGUACAGCAGUUAAAUGCCUUGUGUCUCAAGCAUGAAAGUGAACUCAUUGUUCUAAGGGAAAGUUUACAUCAGGCGGAGGAAGCACUUCUUGUUGCUCGUUCUGAGAUACAAGGGAAAGUAAAUGAACUUGAACAGUCAGAGCAACGGGUGUCUUCCCUUAGAGAGAAGCUUACCAUUGCUGUCACCAAGGGGAAAGGUUUGGUUGUGCAGCGAGAUGGUCUGAAGCAGUCCCUUAACGAGAAAUAUGUUGAACUGGAAAGAUUCUCACAGGAACUGCAAAUGAAAGAUGCAAGGCUUCUUGAGAUUGAAGCAAAACUUGAGGCAUUUUCAGAGUCAGGUGAACGAGUGGAAGCUCUGGAAUCUGAGCUUUCAUAUAUUCGCAAUUCAGCUACUGCAUUAAGAGAAUCAUUCCUUCUCAAAGAUUCUGUCCUUCAGAGAAUAGAAGAGAUCUUGGAAGACCUUGAUCUGCCAGAGCAUUUUUAUUCAAGAGAUAUUAUUGAGAAGAUUGAUUGGCUGGCCAGGACAGCUACUAGUAACACUUUACGUGUGACUGAUUCAGAUCAGAAGAGUUCUGCCGGUGGAGGUUCAUACUCUGAUGCUGGUUUUGUUGUUAUGGAUUCCUGGAAAGAUGAUGUACAGCCAAGUUCAGAUUCAAGUGAAGAUAUCAAAAGAAAAUAUGAUGAACUAAAGAGUAGAUUUUAUGGGUUGACUGAACAGAAUGAAAUGUUGGAACAAUCCUUAAUGGCAAGGAACAACAUAGUACAGAGAUGGGAGGAACUUUUGGACAGGAUUGACAUGCCACCACAUCUGCGAUCUGUGGAGCCAAAGGACAGGAUCGAUUGGUUAAGCAAAGCACUUUUAGAAGCGCAGGAAGAUAAUAUGUCUCUGCAGCAGAAGGUUGUUAACCUAGAAAACCAUUGUGUAUCACUCACUGCUGAUUUGGAAGACUCGCAAAGGGGAGUGUCUGACCUUGAGGCAGACCUUCAAAGAUUUAUCCACAAGAGAGAUUAUCUUUCUGAAAGAUUGGAGACUCUGGUCAAUGAUCAGGAGAAGCUUUCAACAAAGGCAGCUGAAUUUGAGCUUGAGAAUGAAAAGCUGCAGAAGGAAGUUACUGAUUUGCAAGAAAAUGUAGCCAAGAUGCAUGGAAAUGAGAAUCAAAUUCUCAGCAUAGAAGCUGACUUAAGAAGAUUACAGAGUUUGGUUACUGAUGCCUUGGAGGUCUCUGGAUCAAAGUAUGAGUAUUCUGGUGGUGGUAGUAUUGAGUGCUUGGAAGGGUUACUGAAUAAGCUUUUAGAGAGUUAUGCAACUCUUUCCUCGGAAAAACCUGUGCAUGGGGGUGCCGCUGAAAGUCUCCAUACUGAAUAUGCUGAUGCAACAGUUAUUGGAUCAAGAAGCCUAAAUACACUUGGUUCCCAGGAAUCAGAUGUAGAUGUUUUAAAGAAAGAGUUGGAGGAGGUUCAACAUGAACUUUUGGGUGUGAAGGAGGAGAGGGAUGGAUAUCUAGAGAAGCAACAGUCUAUGGCUAGUGAAUUUGAAGCAUUACAUAACAAAGUGAAUGAGUUGCAAGGGCUGCUUAAUCAAGAGGAGCAGAAGUUAGCUUCUGUUAGAGAGAAGUUAAAUGUUGCAGUCAGAAAAGGGAAGUCAUUGGUACAACAGCGUGACAGUCUGAAACAAAGUAUUGAUGAGGUCAAUUCUGAGGUCGAACGUUUGAGAUCAGAGAUCAAGAUGGGGCAAGUCAAAAUUGCAGAGUAUGAACAAAACUUCAGGGAUUUGUCUACUUUCCCUAGUAGGGUAGAAGCCUUAGAAUCUGAGACAUUGUUCUUGAGGAAUUGUUUGAAUGAAACUGAGCAGAAUUUGCAGCACAAAGAAAAUACUUUGAGCAUGAUUGUAAAUAUCUUAGACAACAUUGAUGUAGGAGGCGAUUUUAACUCUCGUGAUCCAGUUGUGAAGUUAGAACGAAUUGGGAAAAUGUGCUUUGAUCUGCGCGCAGAUGUAGCUUCUUCUGAGCAAGAGGCUAGGAAAUCCAAAAGAGCAGCAGAGCUACUCCUCGCAGAACUGAACGAGGUUCAAGAGAGGAAUGAUGGUCUCCAAGAAGAGCUUGCAAAAUCUGCUGAUGAAAUUUCUGUAGUCUCCAAGGAAAGGGAUCUUGCUGAGGCUAGCAAACUUGAAGCUGUUUUAAGUCUUGAAAAGCUAUCUACUGCUCACUCCGAGGAAAGAAAAAACCAAUUUUCUGAAUUUGCAGGACUGAAAUCUGGUCUAGAUCAACUCAAGAAGGGUUUCCAUGAUAUUUGCAAUUCAUUGGUCGAUAUUUUUUACAACGACUUGGAAUUUUUGAACAACCUGGAGUCUGGUAUUGACUCAUGUCUCAAAUUAAAUAGUGCAAAUGUGGUUGAUGUGCACCCCUUCACUGCAGCUGGUGGAUUUCUAACGAGCAAAUCAGAUAAGGAUAACUCUAUUUCAAUGAAUUAUAGGUCAGACACCAAUGCGCAUGGACAUUUUGGUGACAGUUUUGUCAUCGAAACCUUUACAUACAUAACACAUUAUGUGCAAGAUCUCAUGACGGAGAUUGGUGUGCUUAAAGAAAAAUUAGAUGAACACUCAAUGUCUUUGCAUGAAAAAACUAGCAGUGUACCCAGAUUGGUGGCAAUUGUUCGUGGAGAGAUAACUUCCAAAAACGAGUCAUUUGAAGCCUUGAGGAGAGACUUUUUGCAGAUGGAAAUGGUCAAAAAGGAAAAGGACAAGGAACUUGUUGUCUUGCAUAGAAAUGCUGCCGUGCUUUUUGAAGCAUGCACUAGUUCAGCUGUGGAAAUAAAUAGAAGAAAAGAUGAAUUGAUGGGAAAUAGUUGGGCUGUUGGAGAUCUGGGAAUGACAUCAAAAACAGCAGAAUUGCCCGCUUUCAGGGGAGAGGGUGAGCUGUACUCUGAGGAAUCUGUUAGGUCUGUGGCAGACUGGCUAUUGUCGGCUGCUAGUGAUUUUGCUACUCUGACAGCUGAAAUAGUGGAAGGCAGCCAAAAGGAAAUGAAGCUUACCAUUUCAAAUUUGCAGAAAGAGCUUCAGGAGAAGGACGUUCAAAAGGAGAGGAUUUUCAUGGAGCUUGUAAGUCAAAUCAAGGAAGCUGAAGAUACUGCAAGCAGCUAUUCAGUGGACCUUGAAUCUUCAAAAACCUUGGUGUAUGAUUUGGAGAAACAGUUGGAAGCGAUGAAAGGUGAACGCAACCUACUUGAGCAGAGAGUAAAGGAGCUAGAAGAUGGCCAUGCCACCUCUGACGAGUUACAACAGAGGGUCAGAACACUAACUGAUGAGCUUGCUGCCAAAGACCAUGAAAUUGAGGAGCUAAUGCAAGCACUUGAUGAGGAGGAGGUGCAGAUGCAAGGUAUCACCUACAAGAUUAAGGAACUGGAAAAGAUUGUGGAACAAAAGAACCUAGAUUUAGAGAACCUUGAAGCUUCUCGUGGGAAGGUUAUGAAAAAGCUCUCCAUCACUGUGUAUAAGUUUGACGAGCUGCAUCGCCUAUCUGCAAGCCUCCUUGCGGAAGUUGAAAAAUUGCAGUCACAAUUGCAAGAUCGGGAUGCAGAGAUUUCUUUCUUAAGGCAGGAGGUCACUAGGUGCACCAAUGAUGUUCUGGUUGCAUCACAAGUCAGUAAGAAGGGAAAUUCAGAUGAGAUCCACGAGUUAUUAACAUGGUUUGAUAUGAAUAUUCCUGCAUUUGGGGUCCACAGUGAGUAUCUUGAAAAUAAGAACAACAGUGACGUCCCUGAACAAAAGGAAGUACUCAAGAAGACAGUUGAUUCAAUUUUAUCAGAAUUGGGGGAUCUACGGGCUGCGGCUCAAAGCAAAGAUAUAUUGUUGCAAGAAGAAAGGACUAAAGUAGAAGAAUUAACACGCAAGGAACAGACUCUUGAGAAGUGUUUACGGGAGAAGGAAUCACGAUUAAAUCUGCUUGAAGGUGUGGAAGAUGGCCAAGCAACUAGCUCGACCUCAGAGAUUCAUGAAGUUGAGCCUGCGAUAAACAAAUGGGAAGCAUCUGGUUCCUCCAUUGCAUCUCAAGUCCGCAGUUUGCGCAAAGGCAACAGUGAGCAAGUUGCAAUUGCCAUAGAUAUGGAUCCUGGGAGCACUAGUAGAUUGGAAGAUGAAGAAGAUGAUAAGGUUCAUGGUUUCAAGUCACUCACUACAUCAAGAAUGGUUCCUAAAUGUACAAGACCUGUGAGUAACAUGGUCGAUGGCCUCUGGGUUUCUUGUGAUCGGACUCUAAUGCGACAACCAAUUUUGCGGCUUGGUAUUAUGUUCUAUUGGGCCUUUCUGCAUACGCUUCUUGCUAGUCUUGCAAUUUGAAAAGCUCAAUGGGUUCACAUUUGGUUUUAGGGCGAGAUGGACUUGGGGUCCCGAUUAUGUUAUUAUUGGGUAUUAAGUGGAGCUUAAUCUGCUUUGUUUUUGUCCUUCCUAUAGAUGCGGUUAGAGAUUGAUUUAUUAUUCUCAACCAGGCAACCCAGAUUCCCAUAUUUUUAUCUGAAGGAAUCCUAGAACCUUGGCUGCUUCUAAUGAGGAAAAGAGAUUCAUGAUAGGGCAACAUAUUAUUUAGGUUGUACAUCAUAGCUGUUAUUAUUUAGGUUCUCUACAAAUUUAGAGAGAAUUUAGUAGUAAAACAAACUCCGGUGCAGCAAUUUGUAUGGUUAUUACUUGUGCAAAAGUCGGCAUGUGUUGAUGCUUUGACACAGUUAUUCGAGAGGUACAUAGAAUUGAAUCGAUUGGUACGGUUUUGUUGAUGGUUUUGAA